AUGUUGGUGUACGCGACGAACGCUGCGUCGAGCGCGUUCUGCGCCUCCCAUGGUGCCCAUGCCGCGUGUGCGCUUGACGCGACCAGUUCAACUCGUGAAUCACAAGCGGUAGGAAGAAGUGGGCGCACGUAUGUCCGAAGAACUCACCUCGAUGGUCUGGCAGGCGAGGCAAGGGCCGACGGAGACACUGUGCAGGGGACCGGGGCUGGGGUGGCACCUAUUGGGAGUGGACCUGAGUGGACGUGA